CGACUCCCAGCCUGCUCUGCGACGGCGGUGGAGACGGCAGUGACGACACCGCGCUCCCCGGAAGUGCCGGGAAAAAUGGAGCGGCUGGGCGGAAGCGUGCCCGGAAACAGGCCCCUGCGCCCCCCGGAGGGAGGCCGCCGGCAGGCACAGGAUAGGGGGGGCGCAGGCGCCGCCAUGGCCAAGCAGUACGACACGGUGGAGUGCCCCUAUUGCGAAGAGGUCUCCAAGUACGAGAAGCUCGCCAAGAUCGGGCAGGGUACCUUCGGGGAGGUAUUCAAAGCGAAACAUCGUCAGUCGGGCAAAAAAGUGGCGUUGAAAAAAGUGUUGAUGGAGAAUGAAAAAGAGGGGUUCCCUAUCACAGCACUGCGGGAGAUCAAAAUCCUCCAGCUGCUCAAGCAUGAAAAUGUAGUGAAUCUCAUUGAGAUCUGCAGGACAAAAGCCUCUCCAUACAACCGCUGCAAGGGCAGCAUCUACCUGGUCUUUGACUUCUGUGAACAUGAUCUGGCUGGCCUCCUCAGCAAUGCCCAUGUCAAGUUCACACUCUCAGAGAUCAAGAAGGUGAUGCAAAUGCUCCUGAAUGGGCUGUACUACAUCCACCGGAAUAAGAUCUUGCACAGGGACAUGAAAGCAGCCAACGUGCUCAUCACACGGGAUGGUGUUCUGAAACUGGCUGACUUUGGUUUGGCUCGGGCCUUCAGCCUGGCGAAGAACAGCCAGCCCAACCACUACACCAACCGGGUGGUGACUCUGUGGUAUCGGCCCCCGGAGCUACUUCUCGGGGAACGAGACUAUGGACCUCCCAUUGAUCUCUGGGGAGCAGGCUGCAUUAUGGCAGAGAUGUGGACCCGAAGCCCCAUCAUGCAAGGGAACACAGAGCAGCACCAGCUCACACUCAUCAGCCAGCUCUGUGGUUCCAUCACCUCAGAGAUCUGGCCAAGUGUGGAUAAAUAUGAGCUCUACCAGAAGCUGGAACUGCCAAAAGGGCAAAAGCGCAAGGUGAAGGAGCGACUGAAGGCCUAUGUCAAAGACGCAUAUGCUUUGGAUCUCAUAGACAAGCUACUGGUCCUGGAUCCUGCCCAAAGGAUAGAUAGUGAUGAUGCUCUGAAUCAUGACUUCUUCUGGUCUGACCCUAUGCCCUCUGACCUAAAAAACAUGCUAUCCAUCCAUAACCAAUCCAUGUUCGAGUACCUGGCUCCUCCCAGGAGGAGGGGUGGACAUAUGCCACAGCAACCUGCUAAUCAGGGCAGGAAUCCAGCGGCAACCAAUCAGACAGAGUUUGACAGAGUGUUCUGAUUGCUGAGGGUCAAGAACAAGAAUGGAGAUCCAAAUGUUUUAAAGUACUCUGACUUUUAAAUUUAUUUUUUUUAUAACUAAACAGAUGUGUUUCAGCUGUUUUCGACUCUUGGAGAAAAAGAGUUGCAGGCCUGUGUCUGAAAGUCACAAGGCUAGAUAAAAACUGUCUGGAAACAUGUGUAAAAGACACAACAGAGUUCUGCCUAACUCUGGACAAUCAUAGUCUGUGAAUUACAGCUUUUCUGUGCUUGUUGCUUUCCGAAACUAUCUUUUUUUUAUGGAGCUAAAGUCUCUUUCUUAAUUCCGUUAUGUAGGACUCCUUGGUAAGUGGAUAUCUGUUGCGCAUUCAGCCCUUUGCUAUCCUAUCAUUUCCUUCAACUGGAAGAAACGGGGGUGGGUGUGCAUUCAAUCACACGUCUCUCUGGUGUUGCAGGGUGUGAUGCAAAGUGGGCAGGGUCUCAUUUCCAAGAAUGGCUGGUGGGGGCUGCCCACUUCCGGCCGGAAGCUUCACCCAAGUGCCGUGCAGUUGGUGGGUAGGUCUGCCGAUAAACAGGCUGUUGAUGGCUGAUGGUUUUUCCAAGGUAACAGAGGUAGUCUUUCUGUGAUGGCAGAAAAGAAUUGAGGGCCCGCCUUUCCACAUUCCUGGAACCAACAUAUGAUGUCCCUCUAAUCUCUUUGCUACCGUUCUGACAUCUGCACUGCUACUGAGCUUUGCUAUGUAUCUCUUGGAGGCUUUAGCAAGAAGAGGGGUCCAGUGACUUUUUCUUUCCCUCUGGGUAUGUGUGGGAGAAUUAUCUCUAUUAAACUUCAUGUUUUUUUAAUAACAUUAUGACAAAUGCUCUAAACUGCAAUUAAAGGUAUUUGCUUCAAUA